GGGAAAACACAGUGCGUGUGUGUGUGUGUAGCUGGAUGCCCGUGACUGUGUAAAGCGGCGACCUCAACCUCAACUUCAAUCAACUGAAACCGAAAAACCCGAAUUUACAAAACGCACGCAAAAAACAAAAAGCGAGAGAAAAACUAAGUUUAACGAAAAAAAAAAACAAAAGAAACAACCAAACAAAACCCCCCCAAUUUUCCAAGAAAGUGAGACUCCGAAACGGCGAGAACCAGCCGAGAAGCGUGUCCCAAAAAACACCGGAAGCGGGGCGCCAUACACACGCCAGGAUUGAUCUGUCUAUCAAAAUUCAGUCACAGGCGUCGUCUCGGUGGCGGAUGUCCUCUCAAUCAACAGCAUCUGUCAGACGUUAGCGGGUGGACGGGGGGGGUAUGGUGGUUGAGGCAGUGGUGGCCAAACCGCAGAAAGCCUCCCAUUCGCACGGGCGAUUUGGGAUUAUCCUAGCAUUAGAUUAAGAAGAUAUAACGCUCAAUCUCCAACCUUGUGGACGACUCCUGAAAGCCAGUCGUCAUUAAACGCAACACAGCUAAUUGAUAUAGUACGCACGGCAGUGUACAACACCCAGGCACCGAUAUUGGACGCAGCAGGAAAUUAAUCCUUCCAGGAUGGAUCAUGCGGUGCAUGCGGCCCGCGGCCGGCCGUGGAACAAGCUGCGCUUCGAAAACAACGAACUGGAAAGUCUGUACCAGCGCUACACGCUCAAACUGCAGCGCUUCUCCGUCACCGGUGUGGUGGCGCUGGUGGUCAUACUUUGCGGCGUUAUGGGUGGACUUAGUUUAGGCUACAAUCAAGCACCGACACUGCACAAUGUAUUCAACACCUUCAUGUGUUUACUGUUUACGGUGGUGCUGGGACUGUUGCAGUUUCGGCUGAUUCGCGAUUCACACCUGCCGUACCUGUGCUAUGGCAUCCUGUUCUUUACUGCCGCCUUCUGCUUCAUCUCGAUGCCGACGGUUGGCAUCGUGUUCCCGGUGGACACGCGCGAGGUAAUGGCGGAAGGCGUCUGGCAGAUUGUGUUUGUGAUCUUUCUUUCGUACGCGAUGAUGCCACUGCAAAUAUGGGAGGCCGCACUGUUCGGUCUGAUACUGCCUUCGAUACACAUCGGUCUUACCGGGUAUAACAUCUAUACGGGCAACUUCCAGUAUCUCGCUUACCAGCAGUUGGCGGCCAAUAUGAUAAUCUUCAUGGGAGUAAAUGUGGCCGGCUUCGUGGUGAACGUAAUGAUGGAACGGGCCCAGCGCCGUGCCUUCCUGGACACGCGCAACUGUAUCGCGGCCCGGCUGGAGAUGGAGGAUGAGAACGAGAAGCUGGAACGGUUGCUGCUCUCCGUACUGCCGCAGCAUGUCGCGAUGGAGAUGAAGAACGACAUCCUGUCGCCGGUCGAGGGCCAAUUUCACAAAAUCUACAUCCAGAAGCACGAGAACGUUAGCAUCCUGUUUGCGGACAUUGUCGGCUUUACCGUGCUGGCGUCGCAGUGCAGCGCGCAGGAGCUGGUGCGCCUGCUGAACGAGCUGUUCGGACGGUUCGAUCAGCUCGCGCAUGAUAACCAUUGUCUGCGCAUAAAGAUCCUUGGCGAUUGUUAUUACUGUGUGUCGGGGAUACCGGAUCCGCGGGCCGACCAUGCACGGUGCGCGGUGGAGAUGGGGCUGGAUAUGAUCGAUGCGAUCGCAUCGGUGGUGGAGCAGACGGACGUGAUACUGAACAUGCGCGUCGGCAUCCAUUCCGGCCGGGUGCUUUGCGGGGUGCUUGGGCUGAGGAAGUGGCAGUUCGACGUGUGGUCGAACGAUGUAACGCUCGCGAACCAUAUGGAGAGUGGUGGCGAACCUGGUCGGGUGCAUGUAACGCGCGCCACGCUGGAUGCGCUCGGUGGGGAGUACGAGGUGGAAGCCGGCCACGGUGAUACGCGUGAUUCGUACCUGCGGGACAAUGAGAUCGAUACGUACUUUAUCGUUCCACCGGCCCAUCGACGGAAGCCACUGAUGCUCAACACGCUCGGCGUUCGUUCCGCACUCGGGGCCGCCAACCGGCGCAAACUUUCCUUCCGCAACGUUUCCAACGUGGUGGUGCAGCUGCUGCACACGAUCAAAUACUCGGUCCCGGUACCGUUUUCCCACAUGGCCACGGGAGGCGCCGGUUCACCGUAUCCGAGCACUAGCGGCGGUGCUGGUAGUAGUGGCGGUGGUCCAGGAUGUAGUGGAGCGGGUGGUUCUAGCGGUACCGGCGGUGGUCUCUUUCUGGACAAGAAUGCACGCAAGGAUCCGGUACUCCACUUGCAGCGCAUCCUGCACGCUAGCCCGUAUCCUGCCGUCGCCAGGGCGGGUUUCGCUGGCGUUGGUAGUGGCGCCGGCGUCGGAUGUAAUACCGGCACCGUCGAUUCCAGGGUUUCGCUCUACGAGUCGGAGUUGAGUGCAACAAACAACAAGGUGACGGACAAGUUUAAGCGACCGUUCAAAAAGCGCCAUUCGAGCGUUUACCAUCAGCCGACGAACCGCGUCAACAAGUUCCUGUCGCAGGCGAUCGAGGCACGCAGCGUCGACCGGGAAAAGUCGGUGCACGUGAAGCGCAUUUCGCUGCAGUUUCGCGAGAAGGAAAAGGAACGCCAGUACCAUCAGGACUUUGAUCUUGGCUUCACAACAGCGAUGGGUUGCAGCCUGCUACUGCUUAUACUCAGUGCCGGAUUGCAGAUAUCGGCACUACCGCGCACGCUUAUUCUGCUACUAUUGUUCCUAACGGCGUUCGUGUGGAUCAGCGCCAUCCUGAUGCUGCUGCUCGCGGUGCGACUAAAGUGGAUCUUUUGGGACUUAUCGCAAAGCUUCUCACUGCGGCUGGCCAUCACCAUUUUCACCAUCGUGCUGCUUUACUCCGUCGGUCAGGUGAAUGUGUUCACCUGCCUGUCAGAUCAUCCGUGCACGACAAACUUCACCACCAAAAGCGUCCCCAGCAUGGAAUCGCUUGGACCGGCGGGCUCGAGCGAUAUUCUCAUGAGCGCGGGAGAGUUGCACCGUAACGAACCGAACCUCUGGACCGGACAGCAUCAGCCGCUUAAUAACUACAGCCAUAGGAAGUGUGCCCUUCCACAGUAUAUUGCCUUAUCGGCUGCUUAUUCGUUCCUUUCCGUUUCGGUCUUUUUGCGACUGCCGAUACUGAUCAAAACGGUCCUGGUAACGCUGAUGGGACUGGUGUACUGUCUGUUCAUCGAGUUGUCGCAUGCGAACAUCUUCGACUGUUACGAUCAGCGCGUUGAAUCGGCGAUUCCGCUGCACACGAUCUCGGUGGCACGCAUUCUGAUCUUCAUGAUCGCCAUCCUGGCCCAUGGGCGGCAGGUCGAGUGGACGGCACGGUUAGAUUUCCUCUGGCAGUUGCAGGCGUCGCAGGAAAAGAAGGAAAUGUCCGUACUGCAGCAAUCGAACCGGCGCAUACUGUACAAUCUGCUACCGUCGCACGUAGCCGCCCACUUCCUCGACAAUCAGUUCGCCCGCAGCAACAUGGCGACCAUGCGACAGGAUUUGUAUCACCAGAGCUACAGCAAGGUGGGUGUCAUCUUCUGCAGCGUACCGAACUUCCACGAGUUCUACACCGAGCUGGACGGUUCCAACCAGGGCGUGGAGUGUUUGCGACUGCUGAACGAAAUCAUUGCCGACUUCGACGAGCUGCUGUGCGAGGAACGGUUCCAUGCGAUCGAUAAGAUUAAAACGGUCGGCAGCACGUAUAUGGCGGCCGUUGGGUUGAUCCCGGAGCAUAAGAUGCUGCCAACGGAGCCGGGUUCGAUGCGACGCCUCAUGACGGCGCUGAUCGACUUCGUGAAAGCGAUGCGGGUUACGCUCAAGAACAUUAACGAGAAUUCGUACAACAACUUUAUGCUGCGGGUUGGCGUUAAUGUGGGCCCGGUUGUGGCGGGCGUUAUCGGUGCCCGGAAGCCACAGUAUGAUAUCUGGGGUAAUACGGUGAACGUGGCGUCUCGCAUGGAUUCGACCGGCAUUCCGGGUUACACGCAGGUCACGCAAGAGGUCGUCGAUAGUCUGCAGGGUUCACACUUUGAAUUUCGCUGCCGUGGACAGAUCAAGGUGAAGGGUAAGGGCGAUAUGGUGACGUACUUCCUGUGCGAACAGAACGAGCAGCAUUUAUUCGCUGCCGGACUGGGUACGAAUGGUAUUGCGAGUGGUGCUGCUAGUAUCGUACAGCAAUCGGUUGAUGCGGUCGGCUCGACGGCCGUGCUAGCAAUGGUCGGAGCCACGGGCAAUGGUACGGGAGACACUGGUGGAAGCAUCGGUGGUGCCGGCAAUGCGUCACUCGGUCGUGACCGAGCUGGAGCAGUCGCGCUGCAUCAACAGUAUAUGAUGGGUCCGAACGGGAAUAUGCCCGGGCUAGUGCAGCAACAACAGCAGCAACAGCAGGGUUCAAACUAUCAGAUGAAGCAACGUUUGGAGUUGGAAACGGCAACCGGCAAGAAUGGGCGUUGGCAACACGAUGGAAGCUACAGCAGCAAGAAGGAAAGUUACAACUUCCUCGAAAGUCCCAACCUGCUUCACCAGCAACAACAACAGCAACAACAGCAGCAGCAACAGCAGCAGCAGCAGCAACAGCAACAGCAGCAACAACAAAUGGCUCAAAAUCAACAGCUGCAGAUGAAACACCUGCAUAAUCAGGGGCAUGUGUCGAAGAAUGCGAUGCAAUCGUUCCACUACCCACAAGCGUAUUCAAACCCUGCUCAACCACCACCGCAACACCAGCAUCAAGCGAAGGGUGUUUACAAGCAGCACAACAACAUCAACAACAAUCACAUCAUGAGCAGCGGUUUUCUUGGUAUGGAAAACUACGGCAAGCGUAACUACGACUAUCAUCAUCACGUACAGCCACAGCACAAGCAGCAGCAAGAUCAGGCAGUGACCGGUGGGCAUGGUGUACAGCUGCCCACGGCAAGCUACAACAUACGCGAGAACUUCAACAUAAUCGAGAACCCGAACGUAACCGACCUGGAUGAGAACAACUUUAACCACCAUCAGCAACUUCUAGGGCGGGAUCAUCUGAAUAACGGACACAAGAUAAGGAAUCAUCACCAUCACCACCAUCACCAUGGUGGUCAGCAGCAGGAACACCACGGUCCGGUGGCCAGUCACAAUCCGAACAAUCGUGGUGUAUAUGCGACCGCGUCCGAGAAUGAACCACUGCUCGGUUCGGCUUCCGGUGCGGGCGGUAUCAUUGGCAAUGCGGUCAUCAAACCUAUCCAGCAGAUCCAACAGCAACAGCAGCAUCAGCAACAGAUACCCAUGUACGAACCGCCACGAUAUGCCACCACCUCAUCCGUGUUUCCGCAUGCGAUCUCUGGCGCACAAGGAUACACUUACGGUAUGUCGCAGCCCGGUAUGGUGCGUCAUCAGCAGAGCCAGCAACAGCAGCAACCGCAUCAUCAUCACAGCAAGCAGCAGCCCUAUAAUCAUCAACCGAUGCAGCAGCAACAGCAGCAGUACGGCCACCACAACCACCAUCAUCACAACCAUCAUCACCAGCAGCAGCAGCAGCAGCAGCAGCGGCAACAAUCAGCCGCUGCGCUGAAGCAGUACAUUAAACCACUACCGAAGUUACCGACGGAGUUCGACGAAUGCCGUGAGUUAUCCUCGACGGAUGAUCUCAGUUCACGGCCACACUCACCGUCGGUGAGUUCGUCCGACGAAAGUUACUCGAAGACGACGGAGGGUGAAGACUUCGACGGUGAGCCACACUCACCGUUGCCGGUCCCGUCCGUCUUCAAUCCCGGUGCGAACGUCGGUAACCCGCUCCAGUAUCUGUACCCCUGUGACAUUCAGGUCGAUCCGACCUCACCACCGAAAAUGAGCCCGAUCGAUUUUGGCAACAUGCACGAUUUCGAGGUGACCAGCACGACGGCGGAAACGCAAUCAUCGUCCGCCCACAACAAGGGUGAAUCGUGCAACAGCUUCGAGUACCACGAGAAAGGUCCCGCCUAUCCAAAGUCACCCUUCGAACGCGAGCUGCAACGGCGCAUGAACGAAUCCCAGUCGCGCCCAAUGCUCGCACAGGUGUCCGUUGUUAGUGGUGGUGCUGAUGGACAGAAUGCCCCGAAUGGGGGAGAAAUGGGCCGCGAGGAGAACCAACCCACCGGUGUAAAGGGUGCUAAUGGUAACGGGUUUGAGCAACAGCAACAGCAGCAGCAAUCGAAUCUUGACGGUUCACUGGAACGAGUGAGAAAUGUAAACAAUAUUCUCAUCGCCAAGCAUCCCGGCACACUGGAAGCGAUCAAGGAGGCAACGCGCAACAAAAAUCCCUCAGAAUCGAGCCAUCUACAAACUUCCGACACGGAAUCGUGUGAGAUUAUCCAUGAUUAUCGCAAGAGCGACCUGAAGGGUCGAAUGCAACAGUCGCUUCCGUACCAGCAGCAACAGCUUAACCAAAUGCAGCAGCAACACCAUCGGCAUCGAAAGUAUCAUGCGACAAAGUCAACAAAUGAAACUUCCUCCAACAUCGAGGCGGAUGAGGAUAUGCGCAGUGUGAGUGACCACCACUACCGGCGGCGUGAGCGUGAACUGGAUCUAGCGGACGGUCAGCAGCAUGAUGAUGAGGAGGAAGACGAGGAUGAGGACGAUGUUGAUGAGGAGGAGGGCCAGGAGGAGGAUGACGAGGAUGAUGAUGAGGAGGAUGACGAGGAAGAGGAGGAUGAUGAUUAUGAUGACGAGGAGCGUCGAUUGAGGGCGAAUCGACAGCAGCGGGCUCAUGAGCGGCGGGAGCGCUGUAUGAGCAACUCGGAAGGUACGGGUUCAGCGAAUCGCAACUACAUUACCGACGAGCUGAAGUAUGGUGCACCGGUAGAGCGUGAGGGUAGUGGUGGACGGGACAACAACAGCUCCACGCAUCACAACCAUCAAUCGCUCGAUUCGAAUCCGGUCGAAAGCCAAUCCGAGUGGAGUGAUGACGAAUGCCGGGAGGAAGCCACAGGUGGAGCGGAGAGUACCGGCUACAUUACCGACGAGCCGGGGCUGGAAAACAUAUCCCUGCUAAACGAGGCCGGUCUUACGGACGCGGAAGGCGCACUGUCGGAUGUGAACUCACUGUACAACGCGCCGGAUGUGGACGAUACGUCCAUCUCGUCCCGUGCGAGCAGCCGUUUGCUCAGCCUAGACUCGCUCAGCGGGUUGUACGAUUGUGAUCUCGACUCCCGGCACGAGAUGGCGAUCGUGAGCGCGUCGCACAAAAUCACCAACAAGUUUGGGCCGAUCGGAUGAGAGCAGCAGGCACCGGAGCGUGGACCACCGUCACGGCACGGUUCACGCCCUCCACCGCCGCCAGCAUCUCCGGCACCGGUACCUUCAUCCUCAUCACCACCACCGUCUUUUUCGCCGUCGGUUGAAACCCUGUCGGCACCGAAAUCGCCACUAAAUCCGACGUAGAAAGGAACAUUACACACACACUCUCUCCUCUGAAGGAGAGAUUCACAUUUUUUUUUUGAGUCAUUUCAGACAUUUUGGGUCUUUGUUUUGAUACGUUUGCAAACACACGUGGGAAGAGAAAACGGGGUAAUUUACUGUGUAUCGCUUUAAUUAAGGUACAAGGACUAUUUUGAACUUGGAAUUGAACUAGCAGGUAUUGAUCGUCGGGGAGUAUGUGGUAUUAGCGAUUACAGUUGCGGGGGAGUGUUACAAAAACUUUACUCUUGUGUGCUCUCCGUCAUCAUCCGUACCAUGUCUCUGACUCUCUAGCAGUGCUCUUCUUCCUUUACCACUUUCCCUAACUGUAACACUUGCCUUAGAGUGCUGACUAUUUUACUGGUCCAGGCUCGAGACGAUAGAAACCUUAUCCGUGCUCCCAGAGGAAAAACGAAAAACAAAGAAAAUAGCAGCUUUUGUGCCAUAGAACGUUGCGCGCAUCACAUUCCAUCGGCCAUUUUGAUACAGACGGACACACAAAUUGAAUCUCCUCGAAAGGCAAACUACUAGCCUUAAAAUUGUGGCCUACUUAUCGCGUGUGUUGAAAGGUCCACGUAUUUCUUCACUAACCCCUCCCAAAAUAUGUUUAAUUUUCCUUGGUAUAUGCACAAAAUGUCGUCCCACAGCAUCAAUCGUGUAUUUCGGUGUUUGGUGUUCCCUGAUACGCCAUUAAAAAAGGAAAACAAUCUCUCAAGUUGCGAUAUGAAAUCGUAUACUAAUAUUGAAUUAUAGUAGCUAUAGUGUGGAGCGAGAGAGAAAGAGAUAGGGGGAGAAAGGGAAAGUGAGCAGCAACGGAAUGUUCUGAUGAUGGCGGACAGUAAGAUGGCUGCAAAGCGGCAGAAUGUAAUCUCAAUUAAUGCUAAUCUCACUCUCCCUUCCAACUACAAACCCAUAAGCAAAGGUGAUCCCUCACACACACACACACGGACCUAAGAUGUAUCAGUGUGAUAUGUGAGUUUAAGCAAACGGGGUGGUGUAAGGUACAAGGGUAGUGUUUAGAGCAUAAGUAUUAGCAUGUAUAUCUGUACAAACUAAGCCGGUUAGCGCGUAAUGUACACACACCGUGAUGUUUCUUUUUUUCCUCUUUUUUGUCGUUUUCCUUGUUUGCGUUUUUUGAAACUUAAAACGCAAAACUUUUUCAAUCUUCUAAAGACCAUAUGUACAUUUCUAUCUUAUUUUUUGUUGUUUUGUUUGGCCUCGCUCUUUGGUAUUCUUCAUUCAUAUGGUGUAUAUUGAUAAGGUUCAUUAAAAACCCUCCCACCCAACCCUAACAGACACUCCCGCAACCUAAGGGGUGGUUUGUUUGUAAAUUAAAUCUCCAUUCGCAGAAUGUUGCUAAUAGAAACUAUGUUGGUGCGAGCUCAGUAAGACUAAACAAAAACAAACAAAGCAGUGUAGUUUACUAUACAUAGAUAUUUAUAUGUAGCCUGGAAGCGGUAAAGCGAAAGGCACCCAGGACACACAGGACACACAAACAAACUCUCAGAUAUGCUUUUUGGACUAUUAGAAUCAAAUAGAAUUAACAAAAAUACACACACAACAAACACAAGCGUCGCUUAGAAGCAGACUGAUCGCCUUUUUCUGAUUCGGUUUCAUUGAACCAGUAUCUGUCAGCUUUAAUGUUUUUUUUACGUUUUCCUAACCUCAGCACGCCUUCUUCGCUCAAAUGCGUGUGCUCGGGGUGGUGUAACACCCUCACACACCCUCACGCGAGAAAGGUUCACGAACCAAAACAAAACUAUUGACAAAGGGCUGCAGCGUUUUUGGUUGCUGUAGAAAUCGAAACCAAAACGAAAUAUGGACACAGAUAAAAGCUCGUUUUUUUGUAACUAUUAUUUAUACUUCACUGGAUACGAAUAAAAAUUGUCAAUAUCAUUGCCAUAAGCGCUAUGUGUCCGUUAGCAGUUGCGGUUGUUGCAAAGAGAAACAGCUUUGAGCGGGUGCGUGGUCGAUUUUCCGCGGGGACCAUUUUCCACGAUGUUGCCUACAAUAAACAUUUGCACGCGAUAUUGCACACCAGCUUGUGUGCAAUUGCAAUUCAUUAUUGUGUACAACAUUUGGCGCUGGAAAAGGAAAGAGCGAGAGAGAGUGAGAUAGAGAGGGAGAGGAAUAGAAAAAAAAAACAGAAAAGGGCUUUUGCAGCUAAAUAAAGAAUUAAGUGCGUCUGCUUGCCGUAAGCGAGAAUGAAUCAACAAACUAUCCAUCUGUCCCGUUUCGUGUAAAGCCAGCAGUAUAAUCUAUUGCGUUCGGCUCUUGCUACACUGCACACAAACACUGUUCUAUGUAAACAAAAGUUGCAGCUCCCUAGAGGGUGUAAGGUGGCAAUGGUAAUUUUGUUUAUUUAUAGAGCUCGACAUUCACUUUAUUAAGUCAAUGUUUUACAACCAUUUUUAUCAGUGCACAUUCAAGUAUUUAUUAACACUUCAAUUUUUAAUUCAUUUUAUAUAUUACAAAAAAAUGAAUAACACAAACAAGCUGAAGAAUUAACAUUCGUAUUUUAAUUUAAAAUAUAAGCUUAAAUUAUCGAAAAACUUUUGAUAAAAAUUAUAAACUAAAGGAGUUGAGAGCAAAAGUAUGUCUGUGUAAGAUUUAGGCAGCCAGACCUUAGUUAUAUCGUUUUUUUUUAUUUUUUAAAUUGAAUAGUGGUGUAGGUUUACAAAAUGAACUUAAAGUUUGUGGAUUCUGUACGUUAAACAACAAUGAAAUAAAUGGCUACUAAAUAACAAGUA